AUGCCAAUUGGUGAUGCUCUCUUUGAUUGGGAAGAAGAGGAUUGCAGGAUGAAAGCAUUGGAAGACAAGAAUGAGGUAGCUCCACUCUCGGAUAUCUUCGAGCUCCACCAGCGGAUCGAGCACGCGGAAUCCGCGCUUAAGGGUGUGAAUGCCAUGGUGAUGCACAUCAACAUGAUGUCGCACAACGUCCCCAACACCUUCCAUCCACCUCCCGGGUUGCCACCGCCGGAAUGCUUGAAGGAGGACGAUGCUGAUACUGCCAGCACGACAGCCAGCACACAGUUCUCCACCCCGUCGACGCCUCGGGAGAGUCAGAGUGAGCGAGCCAGCCCCACCAACCAGAUCUUCUGGUUGUGA